ACAAACUUCCUGAUACAGAUCUGGUUAUUGAGAGAUAUAGAGACAAUUCGAGAACGGUGAAAUGUCAAGUACGGAAUUCGGCCAAAGUUAUCGCUGAAUAACCCCAGAUAACAGUUCAAUAAAAGGGAAUCCGAUCUGCAAACUUGCAUUCAGUUUUUGUAUGUUGAGAGCAACGACGAACUGAACAAGUAACGAUGGUCCUCGAAACACUAUUAAUGUCGUCUUCAGUUCUCCUAGUUAUACUUGCAGUGUGCGUCGUUUUGUAUUACAAGUGGUGCUUCACUUAUUGGAAAAGGAAAAAUGUUUUCACUCUUCCUCCGUCGAUACCUUUCGGUAACGCCAAAGAGAAUUUUUACAGGCAAGUCAGUUUCGCCCACAGCAUAAUACGAUUGUACAGGAUAAUAAAAUCAAAAGGGCUACAGUAUGGAGGGUACUACAUGUUAUGGAAGCCUAUUUUCAUACCAGUCGAUCCGAAUUUGAUUAAGCUAAUCUUGAACAAAGACUUCGACCAUUUUACAAACACGGUCAAUUAUAGUAACGAAAAAACAGACCCGCUUUCUGGAAACCUCUUCUUCCUUAAAGGAGACAAAUGGAGAUUAAUAAGAAGCAAAUUGUCAUCAACGUUCACGUCCGGAAAGAACAAAUCCAUGUUGAACACCAUGGUGAAGUGUACUGAGCACAUGCCAAAUAUUCUAGAUCGGGCUAACGAACAAGGAGAAGCUAUAGAAGUAAAAGAAUUCUAUGCAAGAUUUACGACUGAUUUAAUUGGGGCUUGUGCCCUUGGAGUUAAUUGUUCGGCCCUUUUAGACGAAAAUUCACCUUAUAGGGACCACGGAAGAAGAAUCUUCGACAUUCGUCCAAAUCAGACUAUCAAAAGCUUACUCUACAUGGCAAUGCCUAAUGUACUUAAAUUCUUCAACGUUUCCAUCAACCGAAAGGACGUCGAGUCGUUCUUCCUGAAUACGGCAAAGGAAAUAGUCGAAUACAGGAAGAAGAACAACAUAGUUAAUAAAGACUUUAUCAGCUUAUUGAUGAGCAUGAUGAAUAAGGAAAUAUCUGUCGAAAUAAAAACUGGCCGAUCAAAAAAUCCUGAUGGUGAACGAAUUUUCUACUCGCAAAAUGGUUUGACUCAGAACGAAAUAGGUUGCCAAGCUUUUGUAUUUUUCCAAGCAGGAUUCGAAAUGGCAUCCACUUGUUUAACUUUCCUCACAUAUGAAUUAUGUCUCAACCAGGACGUUCAGGAUAAAUUGAGAAAUGAAAUUGUGGACGUACUGGAUAAGUAUAAUGGGGAAAUAACGUACGAGGCUAUAAAUGAAAUGACAUAUUUGGAUCAGUGUGUAUAUGAGGCUUUAAGAAAGCAUCCGCCUUUCAUUCCCAUUCAUCGCGAAUGCACCAAAACCUACAAAGUUCCCGAUACGGAUCUGGUAAUUGAGAAAGGAACGCCAGUGUUUAUUUCAGCGUGGGCAAUUCAACACGAUCCCGAGCAUUAUCCUGAUCCCGAGAGGUUCAAUCCCGAAAGAUUUUCUAAGGAGAAUAAAGCAAAAAGAAAUCCGUACACCUUCUUGUCUUUUGGAGAAGGACCCAGAUUUUGCAUAGGAAUGAGAUUUGGUUUACUAGAGGUUAAAGUAGGUAUUGCUUCGAUACUUCCAAAGUACAAGUUCUCCAUCAGUCCAAAGAUGCAAGUUCCAAUUGAAUAUGAUCCUAACGAAUUCACACUGACAGCUAAGGGAGGAAUUUGGCUGAAUGUGGACAAAAUUUAAUUUGUAUUAACACGCUGAAGAAUGCACAAUGUACAUAACAUACCACUAAAAGACGAUUCCUGGUUUAUUACUACUUCGUAAUUUUAUAUUGUAAAUUCUUAUGAUUAGUAGGAGUAAUAAACAUAGGUUUAUAUUAGGUAAUUAUAUUAUU